AUGAAGCCUAUACUUCCAAUACAUGUAGUUGGUGUGGAAAUGUUCAAAAUAUUGGUGGAUCUGAGGUGUACAACUGUCAGAAUUGUAAGCUGUAAUGAUCAAGAUGAAAAUGGAAUCUCUCUUCGGGCGUUGCUUGAUGGAGUCUUGAUUUUCUCCGGAGAUCAUGCAGGAAAUAGUGUUGAAAAUAAGAAAGUUACUUUGAAAAGUUGUGACGAUGUUGAAUUCAAAGUCGACAUACCUGUUGCUAGUCGCUCCAUCUUGCUCAAAAAUAUGAUUGAAGAUGUCGGGGAAACAGAUCAGUCAAUCCCACUCCCUAACGUCAACGAAAAAGUUUUAAAAAAGGUGCUUGAAUGGUGUGAACAUCACGUCAAUGACCCGCAACCUACUAAUGAUGAUGAUGAUUCUCGUAGAAGAAAUACCGAAAUUGAUGAUUGGGACCAAAGAUUUUUAAAUGUUGAGCAAGAUAUGCUCUUUGAAAUCAUUCUGGCCGCAAACUACUUAGAUAUCAAACCAUUAUUGGAUAUUGGUUGUAAAACAGUUGCAAACAUGAUCAAGGGCAAAUCUCCGGAAGAAAUCCGUUCUACAUUCAAUAUAGUUAAUGAUUUUACUCCCGAAGAGGAGGAGCAAAUUCGCAAGGAAAACGAAUGGGCCGAAGACCGAUAA